AGCCCCACGGGGGGUGGGGGAGGGGACGAGCUGCCACCAGCACCGGGGACCCGAACGGCGCUGCCGCCGCCGCCCCCCCUCGGGCGGAGCCCAGCGCCGCACGCAGCGCGCCGCGCCCCGCAACACGCGUGGGCCCGGGGCGGCGACGCCUCCGCCUUGUCCCCGCAGGGUGGCUGACUUGGUUGUUGUGAAUUUCAGCACUGUUGGAACCACAAGUAGUGGUGAAUGUUUUCACUCUUACUUAAGAGUGAGUUCUGAAACUACCAACGAGCCUUUCUUGAAAUUUUUGUGGCUGAAUCCUUGGUGGAGGUUACAUAGAUACAUGUUUUCAUGAAGAGAAGUGAGAAGCCGGAAGGAUAUAGACAAAUGAGGCCUAAGACUUUUCCUGCUAGUAACUACACUGGCAGCAGCCGGCAAAUGUUACAAGAAAUACGAGAGAGCCUUAGGAAUUUGCCUAAGCCCUCAGAUGCUGCUAAGGCUGAGCACAAUAUGGGUAAAAUGUCAGCUGAAGAUCCCAGACAAGGCCGAAAUCCCCCCAAAUUUGUAACAUACCAUAAAGCUUUGCAAGAAAUUCGAAACUCCCUGCUGCCUUUUGCAAACGAAACCAGCUCCUCAGCCAGGGGAACAUCUGAAAUCAAUCGACAAAUGCUACAAGACUUACAGGCUGCUGGGUUUGAUGAGGAUAUGGUUGUACGAGCUCUUAGGCAAACUAACAGCCGUAGUAUAGAAGCAGCAAUUGAAUUCAUAAGUAAAAUGAGCUACCAAGAUCCUCGUCGGGAGCAGAUGGCUGCAGCAGCAGCCAGACCUGUUAAUGCGGGCAUGAAACCACCAGCAGGUGGUGUGCAGCAAUCAAUUAACCGCAAACAGAGCUGGAAAGGUUCUAAAGAGUCCUUGGUACCUCAGAGACAUGGCCCUCCAUUGGGAGAUAGUGUAGCUUAUCGUUCAGAAAGUCCAAGUUCUCAGUCAGAUGUAGGAAGGCCCUUAUCUGGUUCUGGAUUAGCAGCAUUUGCUCAGGCUCAUCCUGGCAAUGGACAAAGAGUGAAUCCACCACCUCCACCACAAGUAAGGAGUGUUACUCCCCCUCCUCCACCUCCGAGAGGGCAGACUCCUCCACCAAGAGGAACAACUCCUCCACCUCCUUCUUGGGAACCAAAUGCUCAAACAAAACGUUAUUCUGGAAGCAUGGAAUAUAUGAUCUCUCGCAUUUCUCCAGUACCACCAGGAGCAUGGCAGGAUGGCUAUCCGCCGCCGCCAAUGAAUCCGUCACCCAUAAGUUCUUCUACACAGGGACAAAGAGGCAUUAAUUCUGUUCCUCUUGGCAGGCAACCAAUAAUCAUGCAGAGUUCUGCCAAUAGCAAGUUUAGUUUUCCAUCAGGAAGAGCUGGAAUGCAAAAUGGCAAUUGUCAGACUGAUUUCCUGGUUCAUCAGAAUGUUGUAUCUGGGAACUCAGUCAAUCGUCAGCCACCCCCUCCGUACCCAAUAUCCCCAACUAAUAGGCAAAGUCCUACAGCAUUGCAGAUGCAAGCAGGAGGAUCUGUUCCUCCUUCAGCAUACACCAAUGGAAACAUUCCUCAGUCCGUGAUGGUGCCAAAUAGAAACAGCCACAACAUGGAACUUUACAAUAUAAAUCUACCUGGAAUACCAAUGUCCUGGUCACAGCCUUCAUCUGCUCCACCCCAAUCACCACCUGGCAGUGGACAUGAAAUCCCUACAUGGCAACCCAACAUUCCAGUAAGAUCAAAUUCUUUCAAUAACCCUCAUGGAAAUAGACAGAGUCACUCUAGCAGUUCUCAGCCUUCAGCCACCACAGUAACAGCUAUAACCCCAGCUCCCAUUCAGCAGCCAGUAAAAAGUAUGCGAGUAUUAAAGCCAGAGCUGCAGACUGCCUUAGCACCAACUCAUCCUUCUUGGAUGCCGCAGCCAAUGCAAGCUGUCCAACCAGUCCCCUUCUCUGAGAGUCCAUCUACCAACAUGGCAGUUAUGACAUCUGUUGCAGAAGCUCCAAAUUACCAAGGUCCUCCACCACCUUACCCAAAACACUUGCUACACCAGAAUCCAUCUAUCAGUCCAUAUGAGACAGGAACCAAACCUAGCAAAGAAGAUCAUCCCAGCUUACCUAAGGAAGAAGAGAGUGAAAAGAAUAAUGAAUGUGUUGAUGGGACAGAUAAAGAAAAAAAACAAAUAACAACCUCACCUGUUCCUGUUAGGAAAAAUAAGAGAGAUGAAGAGCGAAGGGAGUCUCGCAUUCAAAGCUAUUCUCCUCAGGCCUUUAAAUUCUUCAUGGAGCAACAUGUGGAAAACAUACUCAAGUCUCACCAGCAACGAUUGCAUCGUAAGAAACAACUAGAGAAUGAAAUGAUGCGGGUUGGGUUGUCCCAAGAUGCCCAGGAUCAAAUGAGAAAAAUGCUGUGCCAGAAGGAAUCUAACUACAUUCGUCUCAAAAGGGCUAAAAUGGACAAAUCAAUGUUUGUAAAAAUUAAGACUCUUGGCAUUGGGGCAUUUGGAGAGGUCUGCCUAGCAAGGAAAGUGGACACUAAUGCUUUAUAUGCAACAAAAACCCUGCGGAAGAAAGAUGUUCUGCUUCGGAACCAAGUUGCUCAUGUUAAAGCUGAGCGGGAUAUCCUUGCAGAGGCUGACAAUGAGUGGGUGGUUCGCCUGUACUAUUCAUUCCAAGAUAAGGACAAUUUGUACUUUGUAAUGGAUUACAUUCCAGGAGGUGAUAUGAUGAGCCUAUUAAUAAGAAUGGGUGUCUUCCCAGAAAAUCUGGCACGGUUCUAUAUAGCAGAGCUGACCUGUGCAGUUGAAAGUGUUCACAAGAUGGGCUUCAUUCACAGAGACAUUAAACCUGAUAACAUUUUGAUUGAUCGUGAUGGUCAUAUUAAACUGACUGACUUCGGGCUUUGUACAGGUUUUCGAUGGACACAUGAUUCCAAAUACUAUCAGAGUGGUGACCAUUCACGUCAAGACAGCAUGGAUUUCAGUAAUGAAUGGGGUGAUCCAGCAAACUGCAGAUGUGGAGACAGGCUUAAGCCACUUGAGCGUAGGGCAGCGCGUCAGCAUCAACGUUGUUUGGCACAUUCACUUGUUGGCACACCUAAUUACAUUGCACCAGAAGUACUCUUACGAACAGGAUACACACAACUGUGCGAUUGGUGGAGUGUUGGAGUAAUUCUCUUUGAAAUGUUGGUGGGGCAGCCUCCCUUCCUGGCACAAACACCAUUGGAAACACAAAUGAAGGUUAUCAAUUGGCAAACAGCUCUUCACAUCCCACCUCAAGCUAAAUUGACUCCAGAGGCUUCUGACCUUAUUAUCAAACUCUGCCGAGGGCCAGAAGACCGCUUAGGCAAGAAUGGUACAGAUGAAAUAAAAGCUCAUCCAUUUUUUAAAGCUAUUGAUUUUUCAAGUGAUCUACGACAGCAGACUGCUUCAUAUGUUCCUAAAAUUACACAUCCCACAGACACAUCCAAUUUUGACCCAGUUGAUCCCGAUAAGUUAUGGAGUGAUGAUAAGGAAGGAAAUGUAAAUGACACACUUAAUGGAUGGUACAAAAACGGGAAACACCCUGAACAUGCUUUUUAUGAGUUCACAUUUCGAAGGUUUUUUGAUGACAAUGGCUACCCUUACAACUGCCCAAAACCCAUUGAAUAUGAAUACAAUAAUCCACAAAACUUGGAGCAGCAAUCAGAUGACGAUGAUGAGCAGGCAGGCAAAGGGGUUCAAAAUCGUGAUCUAGUUUAUGUUUAGCAGAGAAGCUGAAGAUAUUUGAACCGUGUGUUUUGAAGUUGGGAUUUUUCAAAAAUCCCCUGUGAUGAGAGAAUUAACAUAAGAUUGCUUGGGUAAAUAUAUGCACACUUUAUAUUUAAAAAAAAAAAAUUACCAUUAUCACAGAGUUCUGUAUUUUUCCUUUCUGUACAUUUUGUUUUCCCAAAAUGCAGGGAAAUCAUUUUAAAACGUUAAUUUAUUCCAGCAUUAUUAAUCAUUAAUUUAGAAAAUAAUUGAUGUUAGGAAAAAUAAAUUAUGAACUGAGUUUUAUGAUCAGUUCUUUGUACUUUAAGUACUCAAUAUAGGAAAUAGUGAUUUCUUAAAAGGAGAUGCCUGUUAUCUAUUUGUACAUAGGCUAAAUAAUUUUUUUUUUAAAUCUUUGUUCCAGACUUAAACAGUUCUGCCUUGCUUUGACCAAAUAUAAAUCUUAUCAUACACUUACAAAACUGAUACCUCUCUGAUACAAGGCUGCUGUACCGUGGCUUCCCACAAUAUCAAGCUCCAUUGUUAGCUUGAUUGUUAGCAAAAUUAAGCCUGUUUGAUAAGUAAUUCCCAGUUACUACAGCUUUGAAAAUAGGAAGCAUCAGUCUCUGUUGUAAUGUGACUAUAAAUGGUUAAAAAAAACUUAGGGUUUUUAUUUAUAUUUAACUUAAAAUUAUAUUGAAAGCUAUAACUAGAUUUAGGGCACUGUGAUACCUAAAACCAGUAAUAGUAUUUACUUAGUAGCAAUUUAGUUCUCUCCCUGUCAGCCUCUCUUAAAGAUGUGGGAGGAAUAAAGCUUUAGAAAAAAAUAGCCUGAAAUCUGCUCUAACUUCAUUUUUUGACUGAAGCCAAACUGUGCUGUCUCUAAAUCAGAAUCUCUAAAUCAGAAUCUGUUCCAAUCAGAAUAAUUAUAGCUUGAAAAAUUGUUUUUAAAAUGGUUCUAUUUCUUGCUCCAGCCUUUUAGUUGGUUAUGAGGAAGGAUUGAGAGUAUGAUACAUGGCUUUCAUUAGGCUUUUGUGCUGCGAAGACCAGUUUUGUGUGUUAAACCUUAACCAGUGGGAAACACUGCUGUGCGUGUACCUGGGAACAAACAAGUUAAGCAGUUUGUUUUUCCCCUUGUUACAUUUCUGUCAUUGACAGUUUAAUUCAAAGCAGAUUUACCUCUGUGGUGUUUGAUACUGCGAUAGCAGAUGCAUAUAAUUCUGAAUACUGGUUUCAUGGCAUUCAAGCAUGAGCAGAAGUUCUAGUAUCACAGCCUUAAGAUGCAAAAUUAAUAAGCCUUUUGUGAUGCUCAGAGGAGAGAACACCACUAAACAGCUGUCCCACUCACAAGACCAGCAGUUGUUUUCACUCACAAGACCAGCAGUUGUUGGAAAGAGAGAGUAAUGCCCCUUGAUCCCAUAGCCAGCAGUUUUUUUGAGGGACAGAGGGAAAUGUAAGUUAUUUUUUUUUAAAUAAAUAAAUAAAAAAUUAAACAUACUUUUAAACAACCACAGUUUCCCCACUCCUGGGUUGAAGUCCCAUCUGUUAAUAUCAAUGAGACAUUUUUAACAUCAGUGCAUCUUGUUUACUCUAAUCAUCCAGGCCAUUAUACUAGAAUUCUUGCUCCCUAAGCAUCAUGAAACCACACUCAGAGCUGGUAUCACAGCAGUGUAAGGAGUACGUGCAGUACCACUAUGGUGCUAUCAUGAUAAAUGUCUUUUAAAAAUCAUUUUAAGAAGAGUCCUGUUUUUUAUGGAUAUUUACUUAUCUUUUCACCAUGGUAGAUGCUUCAGAACAGAAAGAUAUUUAUGUAAAAAUAUGCAUUCCUUAUAAUAAAAAAAAAGCUAUUUAUCUAUAAUCUCAAUAGGACAUGAAUCAGUAAAACACAAUUCAAGUCCUGUAUGCCUGUCUAAGCUGUUCUGUCUCAACAUUUCUAAGAUCUAUAAUGUUUAGCUUCAACAUUAUAAAAUGGAUGCAAUAUAUAAAUACUUCAGCUUUUUAUUUUUGUUUGUAAAAAUAGGCUUUAUUUCACAGUAAAUAAUCAUUUAAAGGACUGUCUUCAUUCAUAAUGUUGGUAAGUGUCCCAGUAAAACUGGCAGUUUUAAUCUCAUUUACUUGUCCUGCAGUAAAGUGUAAUAUAUUACUAGUUAAAACCAAUUUAAUCAAGUGAGCAUUAUUUGUGGGCAUGUAAUAAAUAAAACUUCCUUAGACAAUAUUGUCACCUUUUAAUUACAAAUAAAAUUUUUAUAAUUGA